AUGCUAAUCCGUAAUAUUCGGUAUGCGUGUCGCAGAUAUAGUCAAGCUGUAACAUUCAGAACCGCAGAAAGUUCCCCAGCUGAACAUAAUAGCAACCAUGUUGGUUUAUUUUAUACUAUAAACAAAGAUUUAUGUAAACAAUUAUAUGGACAUGGUGGUCUGCCUAAAUCGUAUAUGAAACAAUCUAAGACGUUUGCUGAAACGGUGAUAAUGGUGCGACAACCGGCAUUGGACAUAAUUGCUUGUAUGAAAGCCUCUGAUCUAGAAAAGCCGGUCACCAAAUAUGUUUUAUAUGGAGAAGAGGGCACAGGCAGGUCAAUGACCAUUGCUCAUCUACUGCAUUACGCCUUUGAGGAGGGUUACCUCAUCAUCCAUGUACCUUGGGUAUCUGAUUGGUUGCGACGAGUACAGCGCCACAAAGAGAUGUCCAACUCACUGACCCGUGAAGGUAUGGUGGAUGUGCCACUGGAUGCCGCUGCUUGGUUAUUGCACUUUAAGACACAGAACCAACACUUAUUAAAAUCUCCAGAAUUAAAAAUAUCUAAAGAAUAUGUAUGGAGCAAAAGGGAGAAAACUGAAGCUGGUGCACCACUGUCGGAACUUAUUGAACUUGGUAUUUCUCGUGUGAAAUAUGCGUGUGAUGUUGUAGAUGCAAUUGUUCAUGAAGUCAAGCACCUGUCAAAUACUGGAAAGUUUAAAACAUUUGUAGCAGUUGAUGGAUAUAAUGGCUUCUUUAAUUCAUUAACACGGCUGAAAACUCCCACUAAAAAGAAAGUUGCUCCUGAAGAAGUCACUCUUACUACAUCUAUUUUAGAGCUUACUAAAGGCGACUGGAAAAAUGGUGUCAUAGUGCUGAGUGCAGAUAUGAUAGCAAAUCCUGAUGAGCAAAACAAACAAAUCUUUCCUAUGAAUUUACUAUAUAGAAAGGGAUUCAACCACCUUGAUCCGUUCGUUCCAGUAAAGGUUGAUCGAUAUAGUGAAAGAGAGUUCAUCACCUGUGCCAACUAUUACAGAGAUAGACUGUGGCUAAGAGGUCCACCAGAAAUUGAAGCAGAACUCAAAUUGACCAGUGCAUUUAAUCCUUAUAAAUUUAUGGAACAGUGUGCUCCAUUAUAA